UACUGUGGUGUACCUAUAGUAUGUGAUAUGUCUAUGCAAAGUUUGUAUUUUGACAUUGACAUGAACUUUUAUUUUAAAAAUGGAAUCAGCAAUGUCUAAAACUAUAGUAUCACUGAUUGUGCUUAUCAUUAUUAUUAAUAGCGUACAAUAUUCACGAAUGGCUGAGACAGAAAAAUUCGUCAAAAUAAUAAAAUCAUGCAUUCCACCACUGACUAAUAAUAAACAUAAAGGUCAAGCUGGUAGGAUUGGUAUUGUAGGAGGCUCCUUAGAAUAUACUGGUGCACCUUACUUUGCGGGAAUAAGUGCUUUAAAAGUUGGAGCUGACUUAGUUCAUGUGUUUUGUGCUUCACAAGCUGCGACUGUAAUAAAAUCAUACAGUCCAGAACUGAUAGUUCAUCCGUUACUAGAUGGAGAGAAUGCCUCAAAACUAAUUAGUCCUUGGCUAGACAGGCUUCAUGCUGUUGUUAUUGGACCUGGAUUAGGACGAGAAUCUAGUAUAUUAAGAGUGGUGGCUGAACUAAUUCAAAUUAUAAGAGAUAAAAAAAUUCCAUUGAUUAUAGAUGCAGAUGGAUUGUUUCUCUUAACAGAGAACAUUGAAUUGAUUAAGGACUUCGCGUCACCCGUUAUCUUCACUCCAAAUAAAAUUGAGUUUGAAAGGUUAUUUAAUAAAAGUAAUGAAACCUCAGGCUUACAAAACUUGGGGAGAAAUAUAAUUAUUCUAAGGAAAGGAGAAACUGACGAAGUUAUAAGUAAUAGCCCUGAAGUUCAAUGGAAAUCAAAUGUUGGUGGAUCUGGUCGAAGAUGUGGUGGACAGGGUGAUAUUCUGUCAGGGUCGAUUGCUACAUUUUUACAUUGGAUAUUAGAACAAAAAAAUGAUCUGAAUAUAGGUGUUGAUGUUGAUAAAAAUUUAAUAGCAUCAUCAUUGGCUUCCUAUGCCGGAUCUGUAUUAGUAAGAAAAUGUAAUGAGAAUGCUUUUAAAGUUAAAGGCCGUAGCAUGGUAGCAUCAGAUAUGAUCGAACACAUACACAAUUCUUUUGAAACAUUGUUUGAAAUCUAGAAAUAUACAAAUAAUAUAAUAUGCUUAUAAAAUGCCCAUAACUAAGCCUGUAUCUGAACUGAAAAACUAAAUUCAUUUUUUUUUCAUUUAAUUAAAUAUGAUUAUUUAAUUUAAAAUAGGAUUCUAAACUCACUUAAUGAAUCAAUUCAAAAAGAUAUGUUUCAGACCAAAACAGGCAAGCGGCACUCAACAAUCCUCCUAUUAUAUCAAAUAACAUUACAAUCAAAUUAAUUUAAUAAAUUUGUAUUAGGGUGAACACAGAGUGAAAAAAUUAUAUUUAUUUAAUUCAAGUUAAAUUUGCUAAUUUCAGCUUGCAGUAAAUAAAUACAAAAUUAUAAUUAUUACAUAAACAUUCAAUUAAGUAAGUACUCAGAAUGCUAUUGUCUCACAACCUAGCUUAGUAUUCAUGGUCACUGAGUAAGCUCUGUGAGUAUUUUUUCUUUAAUUAUCAUCUGUCAGCACAUUUUUGAGUUAUCAGCAUUGAGAUGGCGCAGAUGGGGCGUGGGUACAUUAAAAAAUAUAGUCUAAAAAGGCAAAAAAAUACACGAAAAUACUCUAGAAAAAAACAUAUUAUCAAAGUGGGCGGUGAGCAAAAUAAGGUUGAGAAACUAUGAAUUAUAGACCAACAAAAAUCUGAACAAUAGUAGAAUUAGUGUCUGUUAGUAGUAAUAAUAAUGUUGCUUGAUGAAAAGUUGUAUACCUAAAAAAUCAAGUGCUGUCACUACUGUGACCACAAGGUUUUACUUUUUAGAGUAAAAAUGUUAUUUUAUAAAGAUUGAACUUUAGUUUGAGUCAAUCUAGCUUGGUUUUUAGAUCCUCAAGGGGCUUAAUUAUUUAUUAUCUGAUAUCUCGUUACAUUCUAAGUAAUUUUUACUCACCAAUAAGGCCAGGCUAUUCAGUUAUAUGUCCUCAAUAAUAAGGUAAUAUAUUGAAAAUCAGAUAGAGAACUCACCUUGGCAUCUAAUAUAGGAUCAUCAAAAAAUCCUUCAGGUAUGGGUUGACUGGAUUUUGAUUCCUCUUCUGCUUUAUUAUCUUGUUGUUCAGCUUUUUCUGAUGAAAAUAACCUUAUUGUUGGUAUUAUACUGAAUUGUUUAUUGUUAAUUUUUAUCUAUACAUUAAAUAACAGUAACAAUUGUGAGGUGUUUCCGGGAUGAUAUGUCAUGGGUACCUUCAAAAAAAAGUACGCACACCUUCCUUAAAGGCCGGCAACUCUCUGGUGAUUCCUCUCGUGUUGCAAGAUAAUGUGGGUGAUCACUUAACACCAGGUGACCCAUACGCUUGUUUGUCCUCCUAUUUCAUAAAAAAAAAAAAAAAUUGGGAACUGUACUCUCAUAAAUUUUUGAUGAGUACCGUGGACCAAUAAUUCAGCUAGGCAGGUCCAAUUUCACAAAAUAAUUCACUUGUUGAACCUAACUUGGAAGGGCAGCCUUCUGGAAGCUAAGUAAAAGUCAGUUUCUAGUCCCAAAGUGUUUAAGCACCGAUCACUACCAUUAAAAUUAGUAACAGAAUACUCUAAGCUUGGUGGUCUACCUUAACGUGACAUUGGCAAACUUGUGGUAUAUCUUCCACAGUAGCCAUAGUAGGAAAAAUAGAACAGUUUAUUGAAAUACAAUCUAAUCUGUACCUUAUGGAUUAUAAAACUUGUAAUGUAACAUAUAUGAUAGCAUUUAUUACAAGUGCUAAACACAGCCAUUUUUUGUCCCUCUUGUGAUUUUUAUCCACUUGUAUUAAAUUUUCUGUGUUGUAGAAGUAUGUGGUUUUAAAUAAAUGUAAUAAUAUUAUAUUUUCUACAAAUAAAAGCAAAUAUGUGAA